AUGACGAGCACCAUGGCAACCGACGCCGAAGACCAGCCCUCCCCCGUCCCGGAGGCCUUGACCGAAGCCGACAGCAAUGCUACCAGCAGCGACUCGGAUAGCGACUCAGCCGACUCGCCCGCGCCCCAGGUAGAAUGGCUGGCAACAGCGCGCGCGAAGCGGUCGACCGCCGGCAACCGCAUGAAGUCUAUGCUCGCGAACGAGGAGCCUGCCGACGAGGACUCCGACCUCGAGCUACUGUUCCAAGAAGAUGAAGACGACGCGGGAUUCAGCGAGAAGGAGCAGGAUGACGGCUCCGAUGUGCAGAUGGACUCGUCCUCCUCCGACGAUGAAAACGAGGGCGAGGCCGAGGACGAGGGUGAGAAAGAGCUGCAGCGCAAGGAGCGGGAGAAGAAGCUCGCGGCGCGCAAGCGCAAGGCUCAGCAGGCCAUCCCCGCGAAGUUCAGAAAGAAGGUCCGGAUAAGCCAGCCGGAUACGCCAACCAGCAGUACCGCGCAGGCGCCGAAACCGAGGCCUAAGAAGAAGUCGGAGCGCGCGAGCUGGCUGCCCUCAGCGGCCGACAUGCCCACGCGCUCAUCUGACCGGAAGACGACGAAGCUGAGCAAGGAGCAGCUGCAUCAACAGAUGGUUGAGCGCGAGGAGAGGCGGAAAAAGCAAGUGGAGAUGAUGGAAAAGAAGGCCAAGAGACUCGAGGCCAUGAAGAAGCCACCCAUGACCCAGGAAGAGAGGCUAGCCGAGGCAGCGAUCGUGGAAAAGAGGAACGCCAAGAGUCUGAACCGGUGGGAGGAGGCCGAGAAGAUUCGAGAAGAAGAACGGCGAGCAAAGCUGGCAGCGUUGAACAACCGGAGACUAGAGGGACCCGUCGUCACGAUGUGGAGUGGUAUCAUCGACCUGGGCGAGACCCAGCUGAAAAACAUCGGCAAGUUGGUCUCCAUAGAAGAGAAGCCAAAGCGGAAGAGGCCAUCCACCGCCGCAUCUACUGCUGCGAACACAGCCGCGCCGAGCCCCAAGCCAGAUCGGCCUUCCACGGCCGUCUCAACUACCGGUACUGCAGCUACCGCAAGCCCCAAGACCGAGACAGCAGCAUCGGAGACGGUGCUGCCUACUCCUACUGCUCAGGAAGCCCCUAGUCUGCCACCUGUGCCGGAAACGACGGGGGAGCCGGGGGAGCCCAAGGCGGAGCCAACUGAGACGAUAGAGCCGAUCACUAAGGAGGACACUCAGCAGUCGACCACUCAGUUGACGACCACCGAGCAGAAGACCACCGAGCAAACGACUACAGAGGAGCCUACCACAGAGCAGCCUACCACAGAGGAGCCUCCCACAGAGCAGCCUCCCACAGAGCAGCCUCCCACAGAGCAGCCUCCCACAGAGCAGCCAACUACAGAGCAGCCAACCACCGAACAACCACCACCAUCGUUGCCAACAAAUACUGCACCUACAGCUAUACCUAUCACUGCGCCUGUUCCUGCACCAGUACCAGUGCCAGUACCGGAUAUAGGCCCGCGUUUCAUGCCACCCCCGAACCCUCACCUCGCACAGUCACCACAACCAAGUGUCCUGGCACCUCCAGUCGGCAUGCCCACUACUGCCUUCCCAACACCGUACCAUCCUCCGGCACCGCAGCCAUCACCGAUUCACACGACGGCUAGCUUUCAGCCUAUCAUACCGACCACAUCUCCGGCUGCAACUCCACCUCCAAUUCCUGCUCCUGCAAAGCUAUCUAAGAAGCAGCAGAAGGAGGCACAAGCCAGCGCAAAGAAGGCCGCCAAAUCUGCAGCUCCUAAGAAGCCUCCUCCACCACCAGAGCCACCAGAGCCCGAGCCACCUUUGGAGGGCAAGGUCACCCGGAGCUGUAUCAUUCUCCAGGAUUUUGACGAAGACGCAAUCAAGAAGCCCGACGUGCAGACACAGAUUCUGUUCGGACGGAAGAUGAGCAAACUGGCGAAACCACCCCAUGCUGCCCUUUGUGUCAUCACCAACCAUCCGGCACGCUACAGGGACCCAAAGACUGGGCUGCCCUUCUACAACGCCUACGCGUUCAAGGAGAUUCAGAAGCUCAUGGAAGGAGACUUCAAGUGGAGCCAGCUCACAGGCACGUGGGUUGGCCGCGGCGACGACGCGGCCCAAGGCGUCCCGGCACGUUUCACGCGGCCAGAGACAGAAGAGGAGAGGAAGGAGAGGCUGGAGCGGAAGGAGAAGGAGAAGAAAGAAGCCGAAGAGCGCAAGGCGCAGGAGGAGAAGCUGGCCGCGGAGGAAAAAGCUAAGCAGGAGGCUUCUGGGGUCACGACGGAUGCCAGUGCUGCUCCGACAGCUCCCAUGGGACAAAGUGCGGACGCGCAGCCGGCUCCUAUCGCCCCCAACCCUGUACAAAUACCAAACCCAGUCCCGGCGACAGGCGCCGGGGCUGGGCCUGCAGCUGCGGCACCUCCACCUCCACCUCCACCGCCAGCGGGAGUGCCACCCGUCGUCCCAUCGCCUGAUGAGUCAAAGCCGAUGGCUCCGGCCCUGGCGGUACCUCAACAGGCUCCCUUAGCAGGAGAAACACAAACCCCUGCUGCUGCCGUCUCCGCCACGGACGACGAUACUGUGAUGACACCGGCACCGCCGUUAGGGACCCAGGCGGAAAAGACAGAACAGGCGGCGCAGUAG